AGUUCGUAUUGGCAAUAUUCUGUAGAAAGAUAAAAGUAUUGUGCGACGAUUGCGGCAAAAGGCGUAUGUUUCGCGAGAUUGAUUGGAAUAAUAAUUUGGAUUAAACAAUAGCAAGAUCAGAAUCAUAUUUUAGGCUCACAAACAAAUUCUUUGUGGAUUUAAUUUUCUGUGGCCUGUAUUUUCGUUUUAACAAGUGCGAAUUUUAUACGUCACGCGUUUCCAAGAUGUCGGAAGUUGAGAAUACUCAAGAGACCAAUGGCACAAGUAAUGGAGAUGUUCCUGAAAUUGAACUGAUCAUCAAGGAAGAAUAUAUGCUUGAUAAUGAAUUUGUGGGGAAUACAAACGAGAGCAGAAUCAACAUAGUAGCAACCGACGAAAACUCAAGCGAUGUAGAUGAAAAAGAAAAUAUCGUUCAAUCGAAAGUACAACCCAAACAGCAGAGCCACCAACAUCUAAAGGAGCAGAAGGCUGUAAACAACGAAAAACCACCACUCUCUUCUCGCAAAGAUAUUUUGCCAAUGCACCACAAUGAAUCAGUAGAGAGUGAUCGUGUUCUAAUGCUCACUCAUUACGACAAUCAACAUUUUCACUUCGAAUAUGUAAAGCCGAAGCAAGAGGAGAACAUAUUACACACAGAAGCCAUCCUGCAAAGUGAUAAUUUCAACAAUGAAAGGCUUGAGGAUCGACUUUCCCUGAGUCAGUUGAAUAGAGUUCCAUUUUCUCCAAAUCGUAUAACAGAAGAAAUAACAGUGAAAGAUAAGAAUGCACGCGGCAGUAGUCCUGUUAGCAAUUUAGAUUUCGCUGCGAUGGUAGCCGAGGCGUGCGAAGGAAUUUUCGAUGAAAUCGAAAACGACCUGCGAUCGUACAAUGACGACAGUGAUAAUAACAUAGUUGAGCCUAGCACAGAUGCUGGUUGUUGUGGCGAUUUAGCUAAUAGAAAGAAGCGACAGCAUAACUCCGAAGCGGUUCGACUUGCAGCCAAUGCCGUACUGGAAGAUGGCAUCAGCCUUGGCGAGGCAGCAAAGCGGUUUAAUGUGGUACGUUCAACAGUGUCCUCACGCGUGGCUAAACAUCCCAAGCGCAAAAGACGAAAACCUAACAAGGAAUUAGAAGAACUUAUUCAGAGUAAACUGAAGGCUGGUAUACAAAUAUCGGAAAUAGCGCGCGCUUUGCAUGUGCCCAAGUCGACCGUUCAUUUGCAUAAGACAAGACUUAAGAACAAUGGGCUAUUGCCGCCUGUAUGGAUAAGGAAUGGCAAUAAAGAUGUGGUUGAUCAUGGAGCUCAGGAACGUUUAAAGCAGGCAUAUCGUGGCCACGUCGUAAACGGUAUGUCAGUACGUUUUGCUGCAGAAUUUUUCUCCCUGCCACUUACAACAUUAUGGCGAUUCAUAAAACGGCGAAAAAAUGCGACAACUGCUGCUGGUAACGAACGAAGUGCCGAGUGCGCGGUAGAGGAGCUCUCGAAUGGUCUCGAGGAAAUUGGGGUUCAUAAUGCUUGCGACGCGUUCGAGGAUUUAGGGAUAAAAGAGGAAUCUCUGGAGAAGGAAAUGAACUUACCGGACAAAUCAGCUACUUGUUCUGCAAAUUUGGUGACAGUUAUAGAUAGUGAAGAAGAAAGUUUGGAGCAAUCAUUAAUGAAUCAACUUUUAGAAUAACACAAGUUUAGUUUUGUUGUUUUGGAUCUCACUGUUUGAAUGCCAUUGAUUGUUUAAUAAAACAUUAUAAAACU